GCGCGUUCCCGUGAAACUCGGCGAUGUUUUAGAUGUCAUCCACUUUGAUGAACAAAGCUAUCAUCUGGGCCGUCGGGCCGGUGUGUUUUUAGAUAAUUAUUGUACAGACUAAGUGGAUUUUACUUACGGUGGUUCUGAAAACAAGAUACCGUUACUUUUUUGCAUUGAGAAGCGGAGAAAUGGGUUCCGGUGACGGAUUGCUUUUUCAGUCAGGAAAUUCACAAUGUUCAAGUAUCAUAUAACUUUGUGCUGUUGACCAUGAAGACACGAUCACAUGGAAUAUCUUAACUCUGGGUCUCCGUUUACUAACGUGAUACACCUUUAUAACUUCCUUUGCCAGAGAAAAGCGGGUGUGUCUCACUUUUGUUGAGUUUUACCUUGCCGAAACACGCAUUAGACUUUGCCACGGAAAGGACAGACGGACCUCGAACUUCUCACAGACUAGCCGUCAAAUGAAAUAAGAUGGAUUUGUCUUCUUGCAAUGGGGGUCGAUAUGCCCAAUACUGAUAUUUUGUUACCAUGUUCAUUUUGCGUGGUCAACGUUGAUUGUGUCCACUUAUCAGUUCGGUAGAAUGCAUUCGCUACUCCGACCCGAGAUUGUUGCUCUGGAGCUAACAGCUGAACUGGCGACUUAUUUGUUGUCCGUAGGCUACUGUAACAUGAGAUAGAAUCGUACUUUCAUUUGUCUGCACUUCAAAAUAUCGCAUUGUUGCGCGAUUGAAGACAACGAGCGCCAGUUUGCCAUUAAAACUGGGAGAAAAUAGCAGAGCAUUAGCGCCAAGAACUUGAGCAGACCGAUGGGGGGAAAUCUGCAAAGUUAGCAGGAAAAGAAGCCAUCAAAAUCACGGAAAUCGCUUCGUUCCCUUUCCUCCAGUGAACUGUUACAGAUGGAUUUCAUGAAAGCAACAUGAUGACUGCUGCAUUUUUGUCUUAGGUAAUUUUUUUUUAAUAGAUCUCUGUUCAUAGGCCUAUAUGUUUAUGCAACAUUAGAGCUUUUGUUUACUUUUUGCAUUCCUGGCAGUAGUUAUGAUAGGCCUACAAUGAAAUACCAACGGACAUCUCCCUUUAUGGAAAACAAUUGGGGAUGAAGACAGGCUUGGAUUUGUUUGUUCAUUGAGCUCAAAAUACAAUGUAUCGAACUUUUGAUCCAUUCACAUAUACAACAGUUACUCUAAUGUGACAAAUACGUACAUGUAGGCUAAGCCGACCAACAAGACACCUAGCCUAUGUAGCUAGAGUAUUGAAUAUCAAAAUCUGUGAUUUUGAUUGUGCGCAAAUCUCGGAUGACAGCCCGAGGGGCUCGAAAGCCCCAGCCAUGGCACACGGGACAGUAGACCUAGCGCUUCAUUUUUCGCCCGGGGAAUUCUAAAAUAUGCCAUGGAACUCUCAAGGGUGUAAGAAGUCCUGAAUUACUGAAGCUUGCCCGUUGAACCGUGCCUGUCAGACGAACCCUUUGUAUCUGCAGUCAUUGGAACGGAGGAGGGUCGCACGCGAGACCACUUCCUUUUUUAAAGGAACCAUCCAAGGCCUUUCAUGGGUGGCUGGAGCUGGGGGAGUGUGUGAAGAUCCCCAGGCCUGAUCUGGAACAAGAACACACACAUCCACCGCCAAUAUGAAUGAGCGGCAGGCUCUCCACUCCAUAAUGAAGGACCUGGUGGCCCUUCAGAUGACCCGGCGGCAGCCCAGCUUCGAGGCGCCAAAGCCCAAGCCUGUCGGUCCACCUAACAGACAGGACGACAUCAGAAUCAAGUUUGAGUUUAACGGAGAGAGGAGGAUUCUGAUGUUCGGACGGCCUGUGCAGUUUGAGGAAGUCCAGCAGAAAGUUAAGACUGUGUUUGGUCAGCAGUUAGACCUGCACUACAUGAACAAUGAGUUGUCAAUCCCUCUGUGGAACCAAGACGACCUGGACAAAGCCAUCGACCUCCUGGACCGCAGCACCAACAUGAAGAGCAUCAAGAUCAUGCUACUCAUGCAGGAGCACAGCAAUGCAUCGUCACCUUCGCACCAUGCCGUGUGCAAGCAGGUGCGCAUCAAGGCCUCCCAGUCUACAGGAGAUGUCAGCACAGCGUACCAGUCCUCCGAGCCUAGGGGGCGCCACGCCUCCACCAGCUCACAGAACACUGGGCGGAGCUCUCCGCCCCCCGGCUACGUUCCCGAGCGUCAGCAGCGCAUCGCGCGCCAGGGCUCCUACACCAGCAUCAACAGCGAGGGCGAGUUCAUCCCUGAGACCGGCGACCCCUGUGUACUGGGCCCCUGGAGCAGUGCUGAGAACUCCGUCUCUGGCAGCUGUCAAUCACUGGACAGCAACUCAGACAGUCCGUCCCUUAGGAAGUCACGCAUGCACCGAGCGAAGAGCUACCCCGACAACCGCCAGGAGUUUGCAGAAGAGAACCGCGAGAAUCACGCCUAUGACAAGGUUGGCAAGGGUGGCACAUACCCACGGAGAUACCAUGUCUCCCUGCACCACAAGGACCUCAGUGAAGGGCGGCGGACGUUUCCACGGAUCCGGCGUCCGCAGGGGAACCUGUUCACCCUGGUGCCCUCGCGGCGCUCGCUCAACGGCAGCGAGGAGAGCCUGAGCAGCUGGCAGAUGGUGGACGCCCAGGGACGCCUCCGGCCACAGGACAGACCUGUGGCACACAAGUCUCCUAGUGCCCCCGUCACGUGGCGGAGGGGCAAGCUGCUGGGCCAGGGGGCGUUCGGCCGCGUCUACCUCUGCUACGACGUGGACACGGGCCGGGAGCUGGCCGCCAAGCAGGUCCAGUUCGACCCAGACAGCCCGGAGACCAGCAAGGAGGUCAGUGCUCUGGAGUGUGAGAUUCAGCUGCUGAAGAAUCUGCACCACGAGCGCAUUGUCCAGUACUACGGCUGUCUGCGGGACCACAAUGAGAAGACCCUCACCAUCUUCAUGGAGUACAUGCCAGGGGGCUCGGUGAAGGACCAGCUGAAGGCCUACGGGGCGCUGACGGAGAACGUGACCCGCAAAUACACCCGGCAGAUCCUGGAGGGCAUGUCCUACCUCCACAGCAACAUGAUCGUCCACAGAGACAUCAAAGGUGCCAACAUCCUGCGGGACUCGGUGGGUAACGUGAAGCUGGGCGACUUCGGGGCCAGCAAGCGCCUGCAGACCAUCUGCAUGUCCAGCACCGGCAUCCGCUCGGUCACGGGCACGCCGUACUGGAUGAGCCCCGAGGUGAUCAGCGGCGAGGGCUACGGACGCAAGGCCGACGUCUGGAGCCUGGGCUGCACUGUGGUGGAGAUGUUGACUGAGAAGCCCCCCUGGGCCGAAUACGAGGCCAUGGCGGCCAUCUUUAAGAUCGCCACACAGCCCACGAACCCCUUGCUGCCGUCCCACAUCUCCACUCACACGCGCGACUUUGUGCGCAGCAUCUUCGUGGAGGCCAAGAAUCGGCCCAGCGCCGAGGAGCUCCUCAGACACCCGUUCUCGCAGAUCCAGUGCUGAGGGCACCUUGGCCCCACUGGCUCAUCUACCCGCUUCCCAGGCUUUUGGGGCCUACAGCAGCAUCCCUCCAGAUGGACAACAUAUUUACAUGAGCAGUCAAAAGUGCUCCUCCAGGUCAGCUAAAUCCACAGCACUACCAAAUGUUCACGAACAACACACAGCAUACAGGUCACCUGACUUCCACAAUCCAUCCGAGUCACAAGAUGUUUGCCUUAUUCCGUUGCGUAUGUCAUGUAAUUCCAGUUCUCCAGACAGCAGGUGGCGCCACAGGGUGUGCUACCACAUUUGUGUCCAACCUACAGGGAGAUGAGCAAGCCAGUUGUGUUGCCAUGUCCAGGGAGCUUAUUGCUCCUAUGUUACCACAGGAGUUAUUGACUGACACAGACACACAUGUACAUUCAUGUAUACGUAAGCACACACACACACACACACACACACACACAUAUUGAGGUUUCAUUUUUCAUGCUCAACGUAUACGGAGGCAUUGCAUGCAUGCUUGCUGAAAUGAGCUGACUGUUACAGAACUGAACGGGUACCCUCUCAUGUUUUGUGCCAAAGUGACCAGUUGUCCUAUGCAAGCGUAUUCACACCUCACACAGGCACGAGUGUCAUAACAUGACCGAUAUCUUUUUUUUUUUUUUGCUUUUCAUUCCGUCCAGCCGGUUUAAAUUAUUGAAAUGUCUUUGCAACUUUUUUUGUUUUGUUGUCAUGUUUUAUUAUGUUUUGUUUAGAAGAAUGUCUUUAGCCAAACAGAGGAACUUUUAGCUGGAUAGUUUUGAGAAGCUUUCCGUUUUGCCCUUUGUUUGACCCCUGCUGCAGCUGCCUGCCUCAGCAUGUCCUUUAAAGGUAGGGCUAGGAUUCUUUAAAGGUAGGGUAAGCGAUGGUAAGCUAUUUUUCUGUCAUGUAACCAUUUUUUAAAAAUUCAGCGAACAUCUCCUCAUCAUUUGUUAGCUCUUCAUUCUCUGAGAACACUGUAAAAAAACAAAACCCGGUCUUCUUACACAGCCCUGGCUCCGUUAACUGGAAACAAAGGAAGUGGGGGCAGCCUGUCCCCCAAACAAUACCGCAACACUGUGGGGUUUCUCGGGGAGCACUGAAGGGAGGGGUGAGCUACCUCUCUGGUGUGUUUGGUUUGGUCUUUGGUUCAAAUACAAUGUAAGUUGCCCGCGACAAAAGUGUUUUCCAAGAAACAGAAACACAAACACAAACAUAAACAGACACAACGCCAUCCAGCAUCGCUUACCCUACCUUUAACCACCCGCAGUGGAAUGCUCCAGGGUUGCCAUAGAGACACAAUAGCCCAACACGGGGAUGGAUGUGCUCGCUUGCCCCAAGGUGCUGUGGUUACUAUGGUUACGCACUUAAAGUACAGUAUGUGUACUUUUCUCUGGGUGUCUGUAGCCAUGUCUGUGCUGCUGGCUGAUGGUAUGGCCAUAAGUGAGGCCCUUAGCUGUGCUGGGAGAGUUACUGGAGCAGCUGGUUCAGACCUUUGCCCUGUGGUCCAUUACAGUCACAUGACAGCGCUUGCAGGUGAAGAUAGGCCUCCAGUCCUCAACAAGAAGCUGCAGAAUAGACAGCUUCAUUUUUUCCCUCAUUGAUAUGAGGUUAAACCAAAGACAAACAGCAGGUGACAUGACAGUCUGGCACAGACCCUCGGGACAUUUCACAUUUGGGGCCCUAAUUUGAAUGAUGAAAGUCCUAAGUCUAACCAAAGCUAAUUUAACAGCUAGGCUAAAUCAAUUAGCUGAUUUAACACCAGAAGCGAGACCUUAACCGCCAACACUGAUGAGUUCCCACAUACCACAUGACAGCUAUAGUUCAUGCAGGUGAACGUUGCUUGUUGAUAGACUUUGCACUUUGUCUUGCAUUUAAAUUUGGGCCCUUGGUGUUCAGAUGAUUUUAAUAGUCGCUUCCGCUGUCCCAGCAUCCUUUUUUGAAGUCCAGAAUUCAGAACAGGUGAAACCUAAAGCAAGUCAGAUGCAAAAGGCAGCAGCUAAGUGUUUCCAGACCUUCAAGUAGAAAUGUACCUGUAGAAGCAUGAGGGGAAGGAAGACACUGCUGCACAGGCAAUCAUUUGCAAUCUAUUCUUUUUUGCUGUUGUUUUGUUGUUUUGCUGUGUUGCCACAGCAUGGUAAAACCUAAAGUGCCUUCAGUUUUGUUCAAAUGUAGAUAAUCUGCUACAUGCAUGUCAAAGACAAAAGUCAGUGGUCCUUCUCGCCUAAAAGAGAGGUGUUAGUGCCUUAAGCUCAAUGCAGCAGUGUUUCGUUAAACCCAUUUGGAUCAUAGCACUUUUGAAAAUGAAUGUUUCAUUGCUGUUCCUUUACCAGUUGUGUUUUACUUCAGUUCUUUGGGUUUUAUUAUGCUUUAAUGUGAAAUUCUUUCAUUUAUUUAUAUCUGGCCAAAGGUUUGUUAUUGUGUUUUUGGCCAAAGGUUUGUUUUAUUUCUUCUUUUUUUUGUGUAUCAAAAAAAAAAAAAAAAAAAACACAAGCAUAAAUAUAUUUUUAUAUAUUUUAUAAGAUAUUGAGUCUAGACCAAUCAACAUCUGAGUAAGCUUAUGUUAGAAACAUCAGAAAUUUCUACUGUUUUUUUUAAAUGACAUAAAAGAAGUAGUUCCCGAUAGUAAAAGCAGCUGGUUUUGCAGAGAGAGAGAGAGCACAGUUUAUGUUUGUGUGUAUUUGUGUAAAGGGCUGGGUGAAGUGUGGCCUCUCAGUGGCCAAUCCUGUACCAUGGCUGGGCUUUGGCUGGCUAGUAAACUGCAAGUGGGUCCAUGGCAGAUAAGUAGAGAAUGAUGUCCAAGUCACGUGUGAGAGAUUGAGUGUGUGUUUGUGUGUUGCGUUGUUGUCUAUGGGAGCAUUGAGCGUGCAUGACGAAGAGAGCUAAAAGGCAGAGUGAAUGGUUUCGCACAGAUGUGGCCCAGUCAAGAGUGGAGGUCAGUUGGGGGCCUUUAAUUUCACAGUGGGAGACUUGAGAGAUUUAAAGAGAGACGGGUUUAGCCCAGCUGCCUGGUACAGCGCAUUGGCCACCAGGGGGCGCAACUUCACCUGGCCCUCCAUGACGACUUUGUUUAGCUCAGGGUUCUGGAGGUCCUCCUGCCGCAGCAAUCCGACCACAGCGCCACCUAGUGCCUCUUUUGUAUUUCAAUGUUUCAUUCUUUCUUCAAUGCCAUUGUUUCUUCCAUAUCACUUGUUUUUGUUUUCAUUUUUUCAUUUGCCUCUGUGUCUGAAUGGAAGACAUGGGACUGAAUUAAAGAUUUUUUUUCUUGGGAUGUUAACGACGUGUUGCUCGUGACUCGAGUGAGAUAUUAAAAGGCUGCUAGAGUGAGUGACUCAAGGCAGCUAGAAAUCAGUAUUCACAAAGUUUUGGAAGACCUUUUUUGAUAAAAAAAAAAAGAAAAAAGAAAAUUGAAUCUUUUUUUUAAAGUGAACCCUGGGGUAAGCAGAAGAUUUCCAACUGAUGAAUUUCUAUAUAAAUACAUGAAUGAAUAAUGUAUCACGACGGUGGACUUGCAGUGCAAAGUCCAGUGUAUCAAAGUUAUUUACAAUAAAGAAAAGCAUUAUGUUG